AUGUCAGAAUCAACAUCAUUGUCGUCUUUACCCAUCGAGCUAACAACAGCAAUACUCUUAAAGCUACCUGCGGAAUCUGUUGUGAGGUCUCGUUACGUCUCGAAGCACUGGUCAUCAAUCACCACCGACCCUUACUUCACCGACACGUUCGAGACUCGCUCCUCAGCACGGCCAUCUCUUCUAAUGUUCUUCAAACACAAGGACAAAGUGUUCGUCUUCUCGUUUCCGCAGCACGAUAAGAAUACAAAGCCUCAUUUGUAUUCUUAUCAUGUGGAUAGUUACCAAAUGAAAUACCCCAAAGAUUGCUUCUUCUCGGUAAGCGAGUCCGUCCACGGCUUGAUCUGCUUUCGAAAGGUAGCAAACCCCGUGAUUUGGAACCCUAGCACGAGACAGUUCUUGACCUUAACCAAACCCAUAGAGGAGUCCCAGUAUGAUGUAAUAGUCUUUCUAGGAUACGAUCCAAUCGAGGGUAAACAUAAAGUUGUGUGCAUGCCGUCUAGUGAAGCUUCUGACGAGUGUCGGGUUUUAACAUUGGGAUCAGCUGAAAAAUCAUGGAGAACGGUUAAAACCAAUUACAAGCAUCGUGCUUAUUACCGUAGUUCAGGGCGAUGCAUCAACGGUGUUCUAUAUUAUAAUGCCUCCUAUCUUGAUGAAGAUUCGGAUAUUUUCAUAGUAAUGAGUUUUGAUGUCAGAACUGAAAAGUUCGAUAUGAUAAGAUUCCCAUUAGAAGAUUUUUGGGGUGAGCUGAUAACUUAUAAGGGAAGGUUAGCUUAUCUUGAUAGUUGUAAUCUCAUGGAAAACGAUGAUGGCAUCACAAUGUGGAUUUUGAUGGAUGCAGAGCAAAGUCAAUGGUCGUGUAAACAUUUUCCUACACCUUUUGUUCGGAGUUUGAAUACAGUUUACAAAAUCUAUGGUGUCACGGAUGCUGAUCCAAGGGAGCGAGACGCGUUUGAAAUCGAGAAAGUUUUAAUGGAGUUUAGAGAUGAACUUUCGAUCUUUCACGAUGAGUAUCCGGACAGUAAGAAUGAUGAAGAUGUUGAAGCUGGUCGGGAGAGAAAGCAUAACAACAUCAUAAGUGGAGAUGGGAGUUUGUACUAUCACGAGAAAUUCUUCAACGCCAUUACCUUCAAGGAAGCUGUAAUCAGCCAUGCUCUAAAGACUGGAUGCAAUAUCGCACAGUACAGAUAUGAUAAAACAAAGAUUGCAUUUAGAUGUGAUGGGAAUGGAUGUAUCACACAGUCCAGGAUACAUGACAACUAA